AUGCGAUGCAAGCGAAUGCUCGACACCGCCGUGCUCCCGAUGCAGGAGAAUGAGCCUGGACUGUAUUGUCCUAUCGUCGUUCAAAAGAGAGAAAAGGAAGACAUAAUCAGAAAAGCUGAACUGCAGCAAGAAGUUCAACUCCUGCGACAGCAAAUGGCUAUGGGAUCUCGGAUAGAACCGAUAUUGGAUGAUCAUCAUAUACAGACAAAUGUUGAUGACAGGGCCCGCUCAUCCGUUUCUCUUCUCUCAGGCUCCCUGCCCCCGGUAUCCGAGAUCUUAGAGGGCAGUCCGGGUCAGAGCACGUCGGGCAACAGCCAUGAUUUUAUCUGCUCAACUCUUGAAGCAAGCACAGGCCUGGAGAACCUAAGUGAUGCUGGCUCUAAGACUGCCCCGCAGGCACUGAAUGCGUAUGAGGUGGAUGCGCAAAAGAUUGACGAUUGCUUCGCUCUGUAUUUCAAUAACUACGCACGCUUGCUACCGAUUCUUAACCCUCGGUUAUCACCAAACACAUACUUUUCUCGAUCGCCUCUUCUCUUUUGGACUAUCGUCGCGGUCGGAUCACGACGGUAUGACAAAGAUCCAACAUUAUUAACCCGACUAGCACCGUCAAUUCAAAACAUGGCCUUGCUUUCCUUAUCAAUGCGUGAGGCAGUCAUCGAGGUGAUUCAAAGCCUGUUACUGCUGUCCAUAUGGCCAUUUCCGUUCAACUCUGUUAAUAAAGCCAUGGCUCACAUAUUCUGUGGCGCAGCAGUCAACCUUGCACAACAGAUUGGCAUGCACGUUUUUGGUAUCGGCCAGGAUUUUGCUCGUGUGAAAUUGUUUCCGAAUGAGGCCGAGAAAGCAUAUCGGGCACAACUAUGGCAGCACUGUAUUAUAAUUAACCAGAGUUCAAGCUAUGCCGACGGCUUCAUCCCAGGCGUCCUUCCUGUUCAGGAAAACAGUAGUGACUUCUGUCAAAUCGAUCUACUACUCCCCUCGGAGUUGAAAUACUACAAGCAAAUCCAUGAAGUCGCCAUAAGUGCCACGCAACUAUUGCAAACUGCAGAUAUCGCAAAGCCAAACAAAUGCAACUCGGGACACUUGCACUCAUUAAUCGAGCUGUCCGAACGAGAACUUUUUCGUAUUUCGCCUCCUCCCACCAACUACAGUGACAUCGGCAACAUUUACCUAUCCUCGGCACGACUACACAUUCGAUCAUUCUGCUUCUUUUGCGAGCAGGGCCCUGAGAACUUCGCGCCAAUCCUCAGCCUCUACGCCGCUGCACUUGAGACUAUCAACGCGGUUGUGGCCGUGGAUGGCCUUGCUAUUAUUUGCACUUUCUAUAUUCACCGUAUGCUCAUGCUUGCAGCACUUAGCAUUCUCAAAAUACUGCGGAGCGAUUUGCAUCGAUCUGUCGUUGACGCCAAGGCGGGAGAGAAUGCGUACUUUAGCGUGAUUAGAUUCCUCAAACAAAUGUCCAUUGCACAUGACGAUUUGAGUGCGAGAGGAGCGGAUAUUCUUGCUCAGUUAUGGGCCAGUGAUGCUAUAUUCAGACGCCCUGAUGGGACGCGAGAUAGUCUGUCGCUGCGGAUUCGUAGCCGGCUAGCGAUGAGCGCGGUUUACGAUUGUUACUGGUGGUGGCGUGAAGAGUUUGCGGGCAUUCCAAGCCCCUUCAAUGAGGAUCAAGACAAGGGUUGGUCGUUCUUCUCCUUGAACGUAUUAUUUUGUAUCUUCCGAGAGUGGCUAACUAUCUUGCAAGCAGACUCAGAAAAUGCUACUCAAAAUCUUUCCUUCUUUGGAACGACGUUCGAUGACUUUGCAGAAUUCAGCCUUUCUCAGGCAUUUGAUGGGAGGGUACUCGAUAGAUCCAUUCCAGGAAACAGCAUGCUACAGAGUCCUAUGUCGUGA